GGGCUCCUCUCGGCAUCAUCUGACAGGCGAGAGGCUGAUCUCGACAGCAGGUGUUGGAGGAUAGAGAGGCUGAGCCAGACGCAUGGAGCGAGCGAUACGCGGACGAGCACCAAGUUAUUGAAGAGGGAAGGCUGAGCUGUGAGUGAGGUAGCACCAAAGACAGGAAACAAGAUGGAAGGAUUCCCCGAAUAUCUGAUGAAAUAAGUCCCUUACUGCCACAGUCCCACCCUCUGUUUCCUCGUUUCUCGUCAGUAAAGACCUCAGACCUAUUUGCCAUGAUUGAACGGAUGCAGGGGUACAGAAUGGAUGAGCAAAGAUGCCCCUUCCCUCCUCCCCUCAAAACAGAAGAGGACUACAUACCUUAUCCGAGUGUUCAUGAGGUUCUUGGUCGCAGUAGCCCUUUUCCCCUCAUCCUGCUGCCCCAGUUUGGAGGCUACUGGAUUGAAGGAACCAAUCAUGAGCCCAAAGAGCCGCCAGAGGCCGACCACCGUCCCUGUCCAGCCUCCCACGUUAAACUGGAGACAAACAGCACUGCCAAGAUCUACAGGAAGAACUUCAUGGGCAAGGAACACUUUAAUUACUACACGAUGGAUGCUGCCCUCGGCCACUUGGUCUUCUCAAUGAAGUAUGAAGUCAUUGGGGAUCAAGAGCAUCUGCGCUUGAUGCUACGCACAAAAUACAAAACCCAUCAUGAUGUGAUCCCCAUUUCCUGCCUUACUGAGUUUCCCAAUGUGGUUCAGAUGGCAAAGCUUGUUUGUGAAGAGGUAAACGUGGAUAGGUUUUACCCUGUCCUCUAUCCAAAGGCUUCAAGACUCGUUGUCACCUUUGAUGAGCAUGUAAUCAGCAACAACUUCAAGUUUGGAGUCAUUUAUCAAAAGUUUGGCCAGACAUCAGAGGAGGAGUUGUUUGGGAACAUGGAGGAAAGUCCAGCCUUCAUUGAGUUUCUGGAGUUUUUGGGCACAAAGAUUGAGCUUCAUGACUUUAAAGGUUUUCGAGGUGGACUUGAUGUCACUCACGGGCAGACGGGGAUGGAAUCGGUUUACACAAAUUUCCAUAAUAAGGAGAUUAUGUUUCAUGUGUCCACCAAACUGCCUUAUACGGAAGGAGACUCUCAGCAGCUGCAGAGGAAGAGGCACAUAGGCAACGACAUUGUGGCCAUCGUGUUCCAGGAGGAAAACACUCCCUUUGUACCGGACAUGAUCCAGUCCAACUUCUUGCAUGCGUAUGUUGUUGUGCAGGUGGAGAACGCAUGCUCAGACAAUGUUACAUACAAGGUGUCAGUCACAGCUAGAGAUGAUGUACCUUUCUUUGGACCUGCUCUACCUGACCCCGCCAUCUUCAGAAAGGGCCCUGAAUUCCAUGAGUUCCUCUUCACGAAGCUUAUCAAUGCGGAGUACGCCUGCUACAAGGCCGAGAAGUUUGCAAAGCUGGAGGAGCGAACACGUUCGGCCCUGCUGGAAACAUUGUACGAGGAGCUGCACAUUAACAGCCAGUCCAUGAUGGGUCUGGGGGGGGACGAAGAUAAGCUGGAGAACGGAGGUGGAGGCGGAGGGGGCGGCUUCUUUGAGUCCUUUAAGGUACCGCGUUAUUUUUUAUUUUUUAUUGAUUAAGUGCACUGGUUAUCUGCAACUGCACAUGCAUGGGCAAGAGUGGUGAUGAGUGGAAAAACUUUUCGGAUAUUUUUCUUUUCGUCCUCUCCUUUCUCUUGGCUGGGAUUCUGGGUAUUCACACAUGAGGAAACAAAGCAUAGAAAAUGUGCAGUAUCUCAAAGGACCAGUCCUUUGGCAUUUGCUGUCCUCACUUGGCUGUGACUGCUGAACUCAGUGGGUUUUCACAUGGCGCUGUGGCUUUGGAGGCUGCGGAGUGUCCUCUUGUGUAUGAAAGGCACUUUGCUCUGACUGAGAGUUCUCCAUCACUGACCGUGGUGAAGCGACACCCAGCUACUGAGGCAUGGCAGCAGGAAUUGUGAUAGCUGAUGAGCAAUUUAAUGACCCUUCAUUACGCAGCUUAUGAUGCAAUUUGCACAUCUCCCCAUGGGCAGCGUUCCAUUAAUGUUUUUCUUCAGCUAACCUUUUUUCUUCAACUUCAGUCUCAGCUGAUCUCAGUAUGUCUGUCAACCAGUUUUUCUCCAACCUUUUUUAUAGACUACCUUAAAUGUGCUCUUGCCCUUCUAUUGCCAAGUUGCCAAAUACUAACUUGCUGUCUCUUUGUCUUUGCCACCUUUGCAAGUUACAUCUGUAAAGAUUUUCCACUCUUCUUCGUCUCUGUUGUAGUACAGCUGGGUAGAUUGCAUUGUCCUGCUGUCUCUUAAUUUUUGCAGUCCUUGUCUUAGUCGUCUUCAUGUUUCAGACUCAUCUACGUUCAGCUGAUAAUAGAUCAUUUUAAUGAAGAUGUAUCUUCAUCUUAAGCAACAUUUUCUUAAGCAGCAUACCCUUAGUUUACUUUCUUCCUGUUGUCCAUUGAUCUACACUACCAAUAAAAGUUAAGAAACAGUCCUGCAUACACAACACACCUUUGUAUUCACACACAUAUUACUCACACAUCCUAUAAAACACUUGCUAUUAAAACUACAUUUCAUUAAUCACCUCAAAACAUUUAUAUUUAAUCACAUCUAGCAACAGAUCUAAUAAACUCUGUUUUAUUAAUAAUAGAACAAACUGACAUGAAUAAAAUAUAAUUAAUUAAUUAGCCAAAAACUACUAUAAAAAGAUUGCAGUGGAAAAAUUUAAUCCAUUUAUGUGAGGUUUUCUAAUGGAACUAGGUCUGUUUUUGAUCAAUAAUCCUGCACCAACCCAGUGAUGGUCCAGUUUCAGUUUUCUGCCAGAAGUCACCAGGUUUUUAUUGAAAUCUUCUCCUUACCUUUGAGAAAGAGGAGAAAUUCCCCCACAUCAUGAUACGUCUGCCCCCAGAUCAUUCCACUUUAAAUCCCAGUAGUGUUUAGCAAGCCCCAAACAAUU